AAAAAAACCCCGAAAAAUUCAAAAUUCAAAAAUUCAAAAAUCAAAACAUGAAACUUCCGCAUUCAUUUGUUAUUGGUCGAAAUUUCUCCCUCUUUUCUUCCCUCACGCUUCUUUCACUUCACUUCUUUUUUUUUUAUUCUUCAAGCUCGACGUGUCACUUACUCUUAUUUUCUUUUAUCUUCUUUAUCUCUCGAACCCUCUUUAUUUUCUCUUUUUUAUUAUAAUUCCAAACACUUUUUAAUCAGCAAAAAACUGAAACAUAAGUCUCAACGCAAAUGACAAUGGUGGAGCAGCGGUCCAAGCCGCAGUCUUUCAUCAAAGAAAAGGCGGCCAAGUUGGAAGAGAAGAAGAAGAACGUUUCACUGCUUCGCAAGGGCUGCCACUGGGUUGUCGAUAACCAAAUAGGUCUGUCGUUGGCGCUUUUGGCAGUGAUUCACGGCCACGACUAUUUCCUUGCUAAGGGAACCUCGCCGUUUGUGCACCUACAGCACAAGAUUGUGGAUGACGACCAGGGGCGGUACAACCGCGGCCGCAGGGACGUAUAUUACAUUCUGCACUGGGUUGUGGCAUUCACCCUGGUGCGCGCAACGGUAAUGUACAAGAUGCUCGAGCCAUUCAUCAAGUGGUACGGCGUGCGGUCCCAGCACAAAAUCAUGCGAUUCGGCGAGCAGGGCUGGCUGACCAUCUACUACAUCUUCUCCUUUGCGACCGGGAUCUAUGUGAUGGCGCAGGGCCCGCACUGGAUGAAUACGAUGCAGUACUGGACGGACUAUCCGGAGGGCCACAAGCAGAUGACACCGUUGAUGAAGUCCUAUUACUUGAUUCAGAUGGGCUUCUGGUUCCAGCAGAUAUUCGUGAUUCUGAUCGAGGAGCGGCGCAAGGAUUUUUUCGUCAUGUUCAUGCACCAUAUUGUCACGUGCAACCUCAUGGGCUGGUCGCUGUUCACCAACUACGUGCGCGUGGGUAACGCGGUUCUCUGCUGCAUGGAUUUCUCGGACAUUUUCUUGUCGGGCACCAAGUGCAUCCGGUACAUGGGAUUUAAGAAGCUGACCAACGUAUCCUUUGUUGUGUUUAUCCUGUCAUGGGUGUACACGCGCCACUACCUGUACAUGAAGAUUAUGUACAGCGUCUACUUUGAGUCCCAGGCGCAGCUGGACGACCAUAUGUGGGAGCCAGAGAACCUGAUUGCUUACCGCUCAGUUUGCUAUAGCGCUAUGGAGGAUACCCGUAGUGGCAGCGAGGGGGGCAGCGAUGAUGAGAACGAUGGCUCGUCGAAUGGAAAGCCCAAUAAGAGCAAGGGCGCAAGACAAAGAAGGCUAAGCAAACCCUUCAGGAUAGCAAGAAGAAGAACUAAGAGGAAAUACUGCCUUCGUUUUUCUGUUUUCGGCGUAGCUGCUACCCACCACUAG